CAGACUCUCAUUCAGGACCUAUCGAGCGUUCAGGCGUUCCGUUUUAGCGCAAUGUCCCAUCCGUCCGUCACUCAGCGAGGAUCUCUUCCUCGUGUUUCAGUUUCCAGGGAGAAGAUAUCUUCCAGCGGAAUUUCCUACUCUAUUUCUCCCAAAUCACCGUCCGACCAGAGGCCGUUCGUGAAAGCACCGAAUCCCGGAUAGCUAGCUCACUCCCGGUCUUUUAGUCCAUUCAACCCCUCAUAGCCAGCGCCUUCCGCGAUGUCGAAGCUCGCGAGCGCGAGUGCGCGAGUGAAGCAGGUGCUGACAGAUCCCAAGGUGCAGGCGACAAAAGUUAAAGCUCACCAGGUGAACCUGAGCGUGCUCCGGGAGAUCGCCAUGGGCCUGUCGCUCGGCAUCGUCGGCGGUCUCGUGUGGAAGAUGCACCACUGGAACCUGCGACGACGGACUGAGGAGCUUUACGCAGGGCUUGAGACAGGGAACUUGAAGACGGUUAUUGGUGAUUCCAACACUCCGGAGUGAUUGCUGUGCUGUAAAGAGCAAGCACUCCCCUUCAUGAAAUUUGUACAUUCUACUUUGUACGCUUAUGCUGUAUAGUAGUGUUUCACAUCACUUAUAUGCUCACAAGAUCCGUUCAUAGCACGUAUUACAGUUUAUGGUUGGAUUCCCUUGAGUGAGUGCUCCUAAUGUAACCGGGACUGUUACAGGUGCCUCGUGUCGUCGUGACUCCAUGGAGGUUGGACCUCUCUCCCGCCAAAACUAAGCCGGAGCGUGCAUGGAAGGGGAGGGACAACCGCUGGCUGCCAUUAUGACGUCAGCAGCAGGCGGGAAAUGGUUCUGUGCUGUGGCCCCCCUGAAGCGGACCGCAAAAGUGUUCAAAUCUUC